GUGAGAGGGCUGUAAAGAUGCGCUCCUCUCACUGCCUCUGUCGGACUCUACAGUCACACAUACCGGUGCUGUUCAUCAUGAAUGCUAUUCAUAAUCGAUAAUAAUUCCUUCUGCACGGCUCGUUUAUUUCGUGCAUAUUUACAUUUGAAUAUUUACAUUUAAUUUAAUUUAUUAUGCUUCAGGGCGUGUAUUUAAAUCGCUGCACGGUCGCGGGUGCAGUGCAGUUCCGUUUGUUUUUAUUGUUAUGUUUUUUUUGUUUACAUCUCUCUUUAAGAUGCACUGCACAUGGCGACGACAUACAGACGGAUGAACGUUGGCAUGGAGACUCAUAUCGCAUCCAUGACAACCCGCAGCACUUUAUCACUUAUCCAGAGUGGAUCAGCCCAGCCAGACACAAAAGAUCUCAUGUGGCCAAUAAGCAUCCGUCUGAGGCAGAGGUCAAGAUAACUGCGGGAGGAGAAGAUCUGAUUCUACAACUCCAGAGAAAUGAGGAGUUGUUCUCCUCUGAAUAUCAGGAGAUAUGGUAUGAUCCAAAUGGAAACCGUCAGUUUUCCAGGCCUUCCAACAGGGAUCACUGUUAUUAUCAUGGGUCAGUCAAGGGGAUCCAGGGGUCUAGUCUCGUCAUCAGCACCUGUGCUGGAUUCAGGGGGAUGAUAACAGUCAAUAACAGCGUGAGCUACAUGAUCGAACCGCUAGCUAACCAAACACACUCUCAGGGACAUGCAGUAUACAACGCUCAGAGCCUGAAACUGCCAGCGGGCACCUGCGGACACCACCAUGGAGACGGGAAUCACACGGAAAGCCUUCAAGAGCUGAUUGAUGUCAUGGGAAAGCCUCAGCAGAGCAAUAGGAAAAGAAGGGAUGUCAGCAGUAGCAUGAAAUACGUGGAGCUUAUGGUGGUGGCCGACCAUGCUGAGUUUGUGAAUCAUGGUCGGGACUUUGAAAAGACCAAAAUGACGCUGAUUGAAGCAGCUAACUUUGUGGAUAAGUAUUAUAAAACACUGAACAUCCGUGUGGCUCUGAUCCGGUUGGAGAUCUGGAACGAUCAAGACAAGAUCAGUGUGAGCGACAACCCCUACAGCACCCUGAGUGCGUUUCUGGCCUGGAGGAGGAAACAGCUGCCACAGCUGCCCAAUGACAACGCUCAGCUCGUAACGGGCGUGUCGUUUCAUGGCACCAUCAUUGGCCUUGCACCUCUUAAAGCCAUGUGUUCUGAAUACCAGUCUGGUGGAGUCAAUUCGGACCACUCUUACAGUGCUGUGGGGAUCGCUGCCACCAUGGCUCAUGAGAUGGGGCAUAACUUUGGGAUGAGCCAUGACAGUCAAGGUUGCUGUCGUGCUCAGGCCGAGGAUGGAGGCUGUAUCAUGGCUGCUGCCACAGGGGCUCCAUUCCCUCGUAUCUUCAACUCCUGCAAUCAGAAGGAGCUGAAACGCUACCUGAGCUCCGGCGGGGGGAAGUGUUUGUUCAACCCUCCCAACACCAGGCUCAUGUACGGAGGCCAGCGCUGUGGAAACGGAUACCUGGAGGAAGGAGAAGAGUGUGAUUGUGGAGAAGUGGAGGAGUGCUCAAGUCCCUGUUGUAAUGCCAACAACUGCACGCUGAAGAUUGGCGCUGAGUGUGCACAUGGAGUUUGCUGUCAUGAGUGCAAGCUGAAGAGUCCAGGAGUGAUGUGCCGUCCACCUUCAGGCUCCUGUGACCUGCCUGAGUACUGUGAUGGGAAAUCAGAGUCCUGCCCUGCUAACUUCUACCUGAUAGAUGGCAACAGUUGUGCGGGUGGCAGUGCCUACUGUUACACUGGCAUGUGUCUGACGCUGGAGCAGCAGUGCCUCUCUCUCUGGGGCAAAGAUGCUCGACUUGCUCCUGAUCUUUGCUUCACUAAAGUAAAUGUAGCAGGUGAUUCCUAUGGAAACUGUGGCAAAGACCUCAUGGGCACAUACAGGAAAUGCACUGAAAGGAAUGCUAAAUGUGGGAAGAUCCAGUGCCAAAGCACUGCCAGCAAACCAAUAGAAUCCAACGCCGUCGCCAUAGACACCAACGUCUAUAUUGGUCAACAGAAGAUCCUGUGCAGAGGGACACAUGUGUACCAGCAAGGUCAAGAUAAACACAACCAGAAUGACACCCUAGACCCGGGCCUGGUUCUGCCAGGGACCAAAUGUGGGGAGAAUGCGAUCUGUUUCGAAGGGGAAUGCCGCAAUGCGUCCUUCCUGCAAGCAGAUGAAUGCAAUGCCAAAUGUCAUGGCCAUGGGCUUUGCAAUAAUAACCACAACUGUCAUUGUAAGUCGGGUUGGGGACCACCAUUUUGUGAGAUGACGGGUUCAGGAGGCAGUUUGGACAGUGGGCCUGUGAUCGCGCACAGCAGCCUUUCCCUUGUACUGGUUCUCCUUACUCUUUUUUUUCUUCUGGUAUCGGCUAUCCUUGGCGUCUGUUGGUGCCGUUGCAAACAGAAGCUCCUCCCCACCAAAGGCUCCGCCCCUCCUGCUACUCAAACAUGCAUCAAUGUUCCAGACACCCCUGAGACUAAAAGUCACACGACAGGUCAUGCCAACCCAGUGUUCCAGCCAAAGAAACCUCACGCUGAUGAACAGGCAUGUCCUCAGGCGAGUCCUACAGGUCCAUCGAGAUCCAGACAUUCUAUCAUUCGGCCCACUGUGAAACCACCACCAAUCCCAGCCUACACUCCACACAAGCAGAGUCUACAGCAUUCAGAGCCAUCCCAGCCGUCUCCAUCAGUACCCCCCAAAACAAGGCCGCUACCACCCAACCGACCCCCUCCACCCCGUCCCAUGACCAAACCCUCUCAGACUGCAGAGACGCUGCCUAAGAACGGCCUGCCAGUGGCACCAGCCAUGUUACAGAAAGGGAAAUCCAAUCUGAAGCCCCCUACUGGCCACUUCCAAAACGUCAGGUUCCAAAGGGAAGUUUCUGGAAAGAGCUGAGUUGCAGUGAAGCUUACAUCGAUCAGCUCUGCACCUUUAAGAUGUCCUUAAGAGUGACCAAUCAAACUGCCUCACUCAAAGUGAUGUCUGCCUUAUUGACUUGAACACAGAGUUGAGGAUACCUUCCUCUAACUUCAGUGUUUUUCAGGGGGUGCAGUUCCACUACUCCUGUGCCAUGUGUUACAUUUGCCUAGAGACCUCAGAGAAAAGACAUAACAAAAAACUUUGAAGUAUGGCAUUAUAAUCCAACAAGAGCAUGGGACAUCUGAAAGAAUAUUUUGCAACAAGAAUAUGAAAUGUAGAUUUUUGCACGCAUUAGUAACAUUGUAUACCUGGAAAAUGGGAGCAAAUGAGUUUCAUCUGUUGCUUUGUCAUAGAUUUGUCUAGUUGUGAACUAACUUGCACUGUCAGUACAAUUUAGUUGAGUACUAUGGUUAAUCUGUACUCAGGAAACAAGAAAAAAACCAAGAUUGUUUUCAUAGCAAUAAUAGUUCAGAAACUCAUAUGAACUAUAUAGCACUGGGCUCUUUUUAGGUUAAAUCCUGUGUAGUCAUACACACUAUUUAUAGUAUGUACUGUAUAUACAACAAGUAAAAAUAACCUGUCUUAAAGAAUGUUUGUGAUGAUGCUGGACAAGAAUGACUUCAAAUUAAAUAUGGUGCUUUGAUUUUGAAUUCUUAAA